AUGGCUUCAUCCGCGGAGACAGAGAGUUCCCUCACACCGGUGGAUUUCAUUCAGCUGCAACAUUAUAUGGACGAUAGCAAUAAAAGAGUAAAAGAUGUGAUAAAACACUUUCAUCCUGGAGGUAAACUGGCCCAGCACACGUUUGGAGAGUGUCUGGAUGAGGGCGGCUUCUCUCUCUUCAUGAAAACAUACCUGGAUGUCCGGGACGUUCCCUCGGAUUUCUGUAAACGACUCUUUGGGUAUUUUAAACACACGGAUCACAAUGGAGCAGGGAGCUGUCAGCUGCAGAGAGGAGAAGUGAGCAGAGAUGAAGUCACAAAAGUCCCAAUGUGCUCCUUUUUGCUCCGACACCCAUCACCUCCAACACCCAUCACCUCCGACACCCAUCACCUCCAACACCCAUCACCUCUGGCACCCAUCACCUCCGACACCCAUCACUUCCGACACCCAUCACCUCCGACACCCAUCACCUCCGACACCCAUCACCUCCGACACCCAUCACCUCCGACACCCAUCACCUCCGACACCCAUCACCUCCGACACCCAUCACCCCCGACACCCAUCACCUCCAACACCCAUCACCUCCGACACCCAUCACCUCCGACACCCAUCACCUCCGACACCCAUCACUUCCGACACUCAUCACCUCCGACACCCAUCACCUCCGACACCCAUCACCUCCGACACCCAUCACUUCCGACACUCAUCACCUCCGACACCCAUCACCUCCGACACCCAUCACCUCCGACACCCAUCACUUCCGACACCCAUCACCUCCGACACCCAUCACCUCCGACACCCAUCACCUCCGACACCCAUCACCUCCAACACCCAUCACUUCCGACACCCAUCACCUCCGACACCCAUCACCUCCGACACCCAUCACCUCCGACACCCAUCACUUCCGACACCCAUCACUUCCGACACUCAUCACCUCCGACACCCAUCACCUCCGACACCCAUCACCUCCGACACCCAUCACCUCCAACACCCAUUACUUCCGACACCCAUCACCUCCGACACCCAUCACCUCCGACACCCAUCACCUCCGACACCCAUCACCUCCAACACCCAUCACCUCCGACACCCAUCACCUCCAACACCCAUCACCUCCGACACCCAUCACCUCCGACACCCAUCACCUCCAACACCCAUCACCUCCGACACCCAUCACCUCCAACACCCAUCACCUCCAACACCCAUCACCUCCAACACCCAUCACCUCCGACACCCAUCACCUCCAACACCCAUCACCUCCGACACCCAUCACCUCACUAUAUCCCGACAAAGCUCAGAGAUUUCAUAUCACUAACUACGUACAGUGGAGUCUUCCUUCGGGACGUGUCUUGUUAUUUUUCUGUUCUGGAGGACGGACAGCCGCGAGACAAACUUGAAUUUACAUUUAAACUCUACGACAAAGACAACAACGGCCUCCUGGACAGUUCUGAGGUGGAUCGGAUCAUUACUCAAAUGAUGAGAGCCGCGAACUACCUCGGCUGGGACGUGACUGAGAUCAAACCUAUGCUGAAGGACAUGAUGAAGGCCAUCGACGUGGACGACAGCGGCACCGUGACUCUGGAGGAGUGGGUCAAAGGAGGAAUGAACAACGUCCCGCUGCUGGUGCUGCUGGGACUCAAGAUGGUGGAGAAGGACGGGCAGCACACCUGGAGGAUGCAACACUUCAACAAGCCGACGUACUGCGCCGUGUGUGAGAGCAUGUUGCUGGGCCUGGCCAAACAGGGCCUCUGCUGCACCUGCUGCAAAUACACAGUCCAUAACCAGUGUGCCAACAAGAACCCUGAACCCUGCGCUCGCACCUACGUCAAGUCCAAAAACGAGAUUGGUGUUCCGUCUCACGAAUGGAUCAGGGCCGACUGCAAAUCCAACAAGUGUGAAGUUUGCCACAAGAAAAUCAAAGCGUUGGGAGGACGGAGCUGCAUUUGGUGCCAUGAGCUCCGUCACGAUGAGUGUGUGGUCAUCGGCAUCAAGCGCUGUGACUGUGGAGCGCAGAGAGACCACAUCCUGCCUCCCUGGGCCAUCUUUCCCGCCUCUGUGGUCGCACAGGCACAAGCCAGACCUCUACGGAACCGGCUCGGCCAGCCGAACGCAACGGUGUAA